GAGGAGGAGGAGGAGGAGGAAGGGGCGGCGCUCGGCUGGGCUCGGCUCGGCGCGGCCAUCCCCCGGCCCCGCAUCGCUGCGUGCGCGGAGCCGCCGUGCAGCCGGCAGGAUGAUCGCCGCCCAGCUCCUGGCCUACUACUUCACGGAGCUGAAGGAGGACCAGGUCAAAAAGAUUGAUAAAUACCUCUACGCCAUGCGGCUCUCCGACGAAACACUGCUGGAUGUCAUGGCUCGCUUCAGGAGGGAGAUGAAGAACGGCCUCUCCAGGGAUUUUAACCCCACGGCUGCAGUCAAGAUGCUUCCCACGUUUGUCAGGUCCAUUCCUGAUGGUUCAGAGAAAGGAGAUUUCAUUGCACUGGACCUUGGUGGUUCUUAUUUCCGAAUUCUGCGGGUGAAGGUAUCGCAUGAAAAGAAGCAGACGGUGCAGAUGGAAAGUGAAAUUUAUAACACCCCUGAAGAUAUCAUGCACGGCAGCGGGACACGGCUUUUUGAUCACGUUGCUGAGUGCCUGGGAGACUUCAUGGAGAAACAACAGAUCAAAGACAAGAAAUUGCCAGUCGGGUUUACGUUUUCUUUCCCCUGUCGACAGUCCAAGCUAGAUGAGGGUAUUCUGAUAACCUGGACGAAGCGCUUCAAAGCAAGUGGAGUGGAGGGAGCAGAUGUUGUGAGGCUGCUUAACAAGGCCAUCAAGAAACGUGGGGACUACGAUGCGGAUAUCAUGGCUGUUGUGAACGACACCGUCGGGACGAUGAUGACCUGUGGCUUUGACGACCAGCGCUGCGAAGUUGGCCUGAUCAUUGGCACCGGCACCAACGCCUGUUACAUGGAGGAGAUGCGGCACAUCGACCUGGUGGAAGGGGACGAGGGCAGGAUGUGCAUUAACACGGAGUGGGGGGCCUUUGGAGAUGACGGCUCACUAGAAGACAUCAGGACUGAGUUUGAUCGGGAGAUCGACCGUGGAUCUCUUAACCCAGGGAAGCAACUGUUUGAGAAGAUGGUCAGCGGGCUGUACAUGGGGGAGCUGGUAAGGCUCAUCCUGGUGAAGAUGGCCAAGGAGGGGCUGCUCUUUGAGGGGAGGAUCACCCCUGAGCUUCUCACCAAAGGGAAGUUUGAGACAAAGCAUGUUUCUGCCAUAGAAAAGAGCAAAGAAGGUUUGAACAAAGCCAAAGAGAUCCUGACGCGGCUGGGGGUGGAGCCGUCCCACGAGGACUGCAUCGCCGUCCAGCACGUCUGCACCAUCGUGUCCUUCCGCUCCGCCAACCUGGUGGCCUCCACCCUGGGUGCCAUCCUCAACCAGCUGCGGGACAACAAGGGGGUCGGCCGCCUCCGCACCACCGUGGGCGUGGAUGGCUCCCUCUACAAGAUGCACCCACAGUACGCCCGGCGCCUGCACAAAACCACGCGGCGCCUGGUGCCCGACUCGGAGGUGCGGUUCCUGCUGUCGGAGAGCGGCAGCGGGAAGGGGGCGGCCAUGGUGACGGCCGUGGCCUACCGGCUGUCGGAGCAGCACCGGCUCAUCGACGAGACCCUGGCCGAGUUCAAGCUCACCCACGAGCAGCUGCUGCAGGUCAAGAAGAGGAUGAGGGCGGAGAUGGAAGCGGGGCUGAAGAAGAAGACUCACGAGACGGCCAAAGUGAAAAUGCUGCCCACCUUCGUCCGCAGCACGCCGGAUGGGACAGAAAACGGAGACUUUCUGGCACUUGACCUUGGAGGGACAAACUUUAGAGUUUUGCUGGUGAAAAUCCGCAGUGGUAAAAGGAGAACAGUUGAGAUGCACAACAAGAUCUAUGCCAUUCCUAUAGAGGUGAUGCAGGGAACAGGAGAAGAGCUGUUUGAUCACAUCGUUACCUGCAUUUCUGACUUCCUGGAUUAUAUGGGGAUAAAAGGUGCACGUCUUCCUCUUGGCUUCACCUUUUCCUUCCCUUGCAAGCAGACCAGUCUGGAUGCUGGUAUCCUUCUCAACUGGACAAAAGGCUUCAAAGCUACGGACUGCGAGGGAGAAGAUGUGGUAUAUUUGCUUAGAGAAGGAAUUAAAAGAAGAGAGGAAUUUGACUUGGAUGUGGUGGCUGUGGUGAAUGAUACAGUGGGCACAAUGAUGACCUGUGCUUACGAAGACCCAAACUGUGAAAUCGGGCUCAUUGUGGGAACGGGCAGCAAUGCCUGUUACAUGGAAGAGAUGAGGAACAUAGAGAUGGUGGAUGGUGAGCAAGGGCGGAUGUGCGUGAACACGGAGUGGGGAGCGUUCGGGGAUAACGGAUGCCUGGACGACAUCAGGACAAUAUAUGACAAAGCAGUUGAUGACUAUUCACUGAAUGCUGGAAAGCAAAGGUAUGAGAAAAUGAUCAGUGGGAUGUACCUGGGGGAAAUAGUCCGCAAUAUUUUGAUCGACUUCACCAAACGGGGAUUCCUGUUCCGAGGCCAGAUUUCAGAGACGCUGAAGACCAGGCAUAUCUUUGAAACCAAGUUCCUUUCUCAGAUUGAGAGUGACAGGUUGGCCUUGCUGCAGGUGCGAACCAUCCUGCAGCAGCUGGGGCUCAACAGCACCUGCGACGACAGUAUCAUUGUCAAGACGGUCUGCGGGGCGGUGUCAAGGCGGGCAGCUCAGCUGUGUGGCGCUGGAAUGGCUGCCGUCGUAGAUAAAAUUAGGGAGAACAGAGGGUUGGAGCGCCUGGAGAUAACGGUCGGUGUGGAUGGCACUCUCUACAAACUACAUCCUCACUUUUCAAGGAUCAUGCACCAAACAGUCAAGGACCUGGCACCCAACUGCGACGUGACCUUCCUGCUGUCGGAGGACGGCAGCGGGAAGGGGGCCGCGCUCAUCACAGCGGUGGGAUGCCGGCUGCGCGAGGCCGAGCAGAACUGAACUCCACAGCCCUGGCCCCGAUUCUGUCUUGUGAGCACUUUCUCAUAAAGCAGCGACUGCAUAGUCAGAACUGGUAAAAACCCAGAACUCACUGCUUUAUCGGGGGAAAAAAAAAAAUUACAACUAAUGGCAUAAAAGAAAAAAAAUAGGAUACAAGAUAGAAUGUGUGCUGUUAAUAAUAUCUCCUGUUUCUGGACCCCAAUCUGCAUGUUUCUUACUCACCUUGUUGGUACCUUCCCCAUCUGUAGGUCAUGGAAAAAAAAUCAGUCUAUAAUUUCUGCAGUUGUCAAAAUUCGGUUGUUGUCUGAGACGAAAUUGCCCCCAAGUGAUGUGCAUUGAGAGCUACCGUUGCAUCGUACCGAGUGUGUCCUUUGCAGCAUCCCUGUGAGCGCACUGCCAGCACACUGACCACCAGACUUGGGUGUUGAUGCUUUUAGUGAAGGGGAAGCAACAGUUCCCUCCUGCAUAUCUACCUGCUGUUGUUCCGUCUAAAGCGAUUGUGAAAACAUUAUGGUGUGUCAGCACCGUGCACGCACGUAACUCUAUAGUGGGACUUGACACCGCGACUUACUCGCUUCCUUGAUGCCUGUUCUGUCAUGGUAAAAGUAAACGCCCUUGUCCCACAGAUCUGGUUCCACUGGUAUUUCCCAUUGCUUCUGUGAGCAGUGUUGUGUUACUGGGCGAAAUCCGCCACGUUUCGGCAAGAAAUCCCCAAAGAGUAAAAUGAAGUGGUUGGUGAUUGGGGUAAUCCAAACCUCCAGACCUGCGAGAUCGGCAGAUUCAUGGUCCCUGCACGGCUGUGCUGUGCUCUUCUGUUUAAGAGUUCUUAUAAAAAGUACUUCCUAUCUCUUCUUGUUAGUCUGGAUCAGGGCACUGCUGCUGCCCUUCCCCGGAACCUGCAGCUCGCCUGUGUCCCUCGGAUGCGGCACUUCCGUCUCUCGCCUUAAAUGGGUAUUUGCUUCCACACAGAGCUUUAAUCUUUAAUACUGUUCAGCAAUCACUCAGAACACAAACACUCAGCUAGAGUUAGUGCUCAGAAAGGAAUAGGAGGGUUUGAUUUUGAUCUUGCCUUUGAGGACCUGGGCGUAUAGACAACCCACCAAGCCAAAAUUGGACGCAGCUUAUUCCAAGGAUGAAAGCAACAGCAAAGAUCAUACACACUUGGUGUCCCCUGUCCUCUGUCGAGUCGAUGCCAUUAUUAUACUUGCAUACCAGUUGCAUUACUGAAAUUGAAAAGCAGUUAGGAAGGUAAAUGUCGAGUAACAUUUGCAAGUCACACCACUUUCUGCAAAGAGGGAGACCACACAGUAGUCCUUAAUUCCCACUCUUCUACCAAAAAUGAAUUUGAGAUAUCUGCAUGGUUUUCCCUGCUGCCUUUUCCUGCAGAAAGUAGAUGGAAAUUUGCAGGCUACUCCUCUUUUUCCUCAUUCCACUCCUCUAAGAUUUGGAUUGCCCUACCUAUCGAUAACAUUUCAAUAUGCAUUAUGGUGCACUGUGAGUGAAUGUUGUAAAGUAACAUGUGAGUCACAAACAGUCAUUGCAGCUUUAAGUGUGUGUCUACCUGAAAAAUUGCAUGCCUAACUGGUUUUGCAAAGGUAGAGAGUCUUUUUACUUUGCACACUAGUAGCUCUGGUACUAGUGUUACGUGAUACUUGUGAAAAUAUUAAACUUUUUUGAUGUGCGU